AUGAAUAAUUCCCAGUUGCCAUCAUUAAGUCUGUGCCAGAAAUCCGGUAUUCAUGAAGUUAUCCUCAACAGGUGCCCCAACCCCAGGUUCCCCAGAUGCAGCAGCAGCCUGGCUAUCCUCCCCAGAAGCAGCUGCAACAGCCCCAGGUUCCCCAGCGACCCAAACACAGCAGCUCCCAGCAGCAGCCUGGCUAUCCUCCCCAGCAGCAGCAGCUGCCUGGCUAUCCUGCCCAGCCCAGCGUUCCCAAGCAAGCAGCAGUAUCCAGUCUGGUCUGGCUAUCCUCCCAAGCAGCAGCCGCAACAGCCCCAGGUAUCCAAGAAACUCCAGCAGCAGCCUGGCUAUCCCGCCCAGCAGCAGCCGCAACAGCCCCAGGUAUCCAAGAAACCCCCGCAGCAGCCUGGCUAUCCUGCCCAGCAGCAGCCGCAACAGCCCCAGGUAUCCAAGAAACCCCCGCAGCAGCCUGGCUAUCCUGCCCAGCAGCAGCAACAGCCCCAGGUUCCCGAGCAUCCCCAGCAGCAUGGCUAUCCUGCCCAGCGUCCGCAGGUGCCCAAGCCACAGGUGCCCCAGGUUCCUAGUUAUCCUUCCCAGCCGCAGGUGCCCCAGGUUCCUAGCUAUCCUCCCCUGCAGCAGGUGCCCCAACCCCAGGUUCCCCAGAUGCAGCAGCAGCCUGGCUAUCAUCCCCAGCAGCAGCGGCCGCAACAGCCCCAGGUUCCCCAGCGACCCAAGCAGCAGCAGCCUGGCUAUCCUUCCCAGCAGCAGCCUGGGUAUCCUCCCCAGAAGCAGCUGCAACAGCCCCAGGUUCCCCAGUGGCCCAAGCAGCAGCAGCCUGGCUAUCCUUCCCAGCAACAGCCACAACAACCCCAGCGUUCCAAGCAGCAGCCUGGGUAUCCUCCCCAGAAGCAGCCGCAACAGCCCCAGGUUCCCCAGCAACCGCAGCAGCAGCCUGGCUAUCCUGCCCAGCAGCAGCGUCCGCAGGUGCCCCAGGUUCCUAGCUAUCCUCCCCAGCCGCAGGUGCCCCAGGUUCCUAGCUAUCCUCCCCAGCCGCAGGUGCCCCAGGUUCCUAGCUAUCCUCCCCAGCCGCAGGUGCCCCAGGUUCCUAGCUAUCCUCCCCAGCCGCAGGUGACCCAGGUUCCUAGCUAUCCUCCCCAGCUGCAGGUGCCCCAGGUUCCUAGCUAUCCUCCCCAGCCGCAGGUGCCCCAGGUUCCUAGCUAUCCUCCCCAGCCGCAGGUGCCCCAGGUUCCUAGCUAUCCUUCCCAGCCGCAGGUGCCCCAGGUUCCUAGCUAUCCUCCCCCGCUGCAGGUGCCCCAACCCCAGGUUCCCCAGAUGCAGCAGCCUGGCUAUCAUCCCCAGCAGCAGCGGCCGCAACAGCCCCAGGUUCCCCAGCGACCCAAGCAGCAGCCUGGCUAUCCUCCCGAGCAACAGCCCCAGGUUCCCCAGUGGCCCAAGCAGCAGCAACCUGGCUAUCCUUCCCAGCAGCAGCCGCAACAGUCCCAGGAUCCCCAGCAGCUUGGCUAUCCUGCCCAGCAGCAGCGUCCGCAACAGCCCCAGGUUCCCAAGCAUCCCCAGCAGCAGCCUGGCUAUCAUCCCCAGCAGCAGCCGCAACAGCCCCAGCAAUCCAAGCAGCAGCCUGGCUAUCCUCCCAAGCAGCAGCCGCAACAGCCCCAGGUUCCCCAGCAGCAGCCGCAACAGCCCCAGCAAUCCAAGCAGCAGCCUGGCUAUCCUCCCAAGCAGCAGCCGCAACAGCCCCAGGUUCCCCAGCAGCAGCCGCAACAGCCCCAGCAGCCUGGCUAUCGUCCCCAGCAGCCUGGCUACCGUCCCCAGCAGCAGCCGCAACAGCCCCAGCGAUCCAAGCAGCAGUCUGGCUACCGUCCCCAGCAGCCUGGCUAUCGUCCCCAGCAGCAGCCGCAACAGCCCCAGCGAUCCAAGCAGCAGCCUGGCUACCAUCCCCAGCAGCGGCCACAACACCCCCAGGUUCCCCAGCGACCCAAGCAGCAGUCCCAGGUGUUCCAAGAGUCUUUUUACAUGCCCCAGAUGCCACGUUACCUGCCCAAGCAGCCACGUUAUAGUAAUUAUUGAACUUUGGCCCAAGGAGCUCUCCAAAUGGCUUCAAAUUGGCAUCGCAACACUGGCAUUUCUUAAAAUACUUCUUCCAACUGAACCAUUGUCUUGACUUGUCAAUAAACUCACUUUGUAUCCUGU